GCUACACACAGGCGCGCUUUCCAACGUUGCAAAUGCACGCCUGUAUGUAAUUUGCACAACGAUGACUGCUGCUCGCUAAGAAUUUAAGGAUUUGCUUUUAUAAUAUCAAAGACGAUAUAAGAGUAUAAAACAGUUUCUUACACAGAUUUAACCCAAGACAACGCGUGUUCAAGAUUGCCUUUGUUUUGCAUCAGGAAUAAGUAAAAGCAGAUUGUUUUGGCGUUCAGCAAACGAACUGACAAGAUGGAAGUUUCUAUCGCCGUUGCGCUUUUGUCCUACUUCGCUCCUGCUCUGGGAUCAGCUUUUGGCAGGGAAAUGCCAGCAUCCCCAAUGGAUGAAACUAACGAGUACGACAAGCCAUUUCAUUAUGAUUAUGAAUCGCUGAGGAUUGGGGGUAUGAUCUUCGCCGUGAUACUUUUCCUGAUGGGGAUCUUCCUCAUCAUCAGUCGGAAGUGCCGCUGCAAUGGGAGUAAGUCGAGGCCAGUGGAUCCUGAAUCUGCCAGAGGUGGAAAGUGAACAUGGUGGGCAGAAGCCUGGUUGCUUAAAGAGUGUCUCAUCUUUUGGAGCGUUUUUGCUGUUUGGAAGAAGAAAAGGUCAAAUGAUGAUCUAGUCGUACCAUAGUGUUCCAAUCUUAAUAAUUUUUAAUAAAAACUUUUUGCCGUUUUUAAAAAUGUUUAAAGAAAAAUGUUGAUUCUCAGCUAGGGUUACUGCCAUUUACUGCUACUUCAGCAGAUGAUUCUCUUUGACACUUUUUGACACACUUUGUACACAAUUUCAUAUGUUUUCAGCUUUCAAAAAUGUUUAUAAAACUCAUAGUAUGUCUUCAGUAAAUAUUAGGCAUUUUAUAUGUUUUGUAAAUGAUGUACUUCCGGUUUUGUUACUUUGUAGAGUUAACAAAUCACACUUUAAACUGCACUAGAAAUAAACUGAUUUCUAAACUAA